AGGAGCUUUCAAAAAUAAUAAUUCUAGAUUAAAAUGUUGUUAUUAUUAUUAUUUGUUUGUGUUCUGAGCAUUGUGUCUGUAUUCUGCAGUGAUUGUGAGUUUUCUAAGAACUGUUAUAAAACAAAGGAAUGCAAGACGAUCCAGGAUGCAGGUUGUAUCUGUAGGUUUGGGUCCUGUAUAGUUACUGGUCAUCCCUUUACAGGGAACUAUACUCCAGAGUGUAAGGUCUUUACAGACUGUAAAUGCAGCAAGACUCCUGAAACUUGUUUCUGCAAUGAUGGAACAUGUGUAUCCGAUCCUAAGGAAAAAUGGGAGUGCCAUGACAAUAACAGUACUGCAUGUGCUGCCAUGAAAAAGUGCUCAGAAACAAAAUGUACUUGCAGAGGAAAUCUAUGUGAGCACGACUGUAACACUGUUGAAGACUGUGUAAACGGUGAUUUCCCAUGUGCCAGGAGUAUUGGCAGUGAGUGCAGGUGUGAAGAAAAUCUUUGUACUUAUGUUCUUCGUCCCAAACAAUGUGAUGAAAUUUCCAACUGUGUUGAGAAAGGAAAAUGCACUGGAAAUGCUCCCUGCGCCUGCACUGAAAAUCAAUGUGUUCACCCCUCGUUUGCUAAAAGUGAAAGUGCCGAGAAGCUCAGGUCUGUGACCAUGCUAUUGCCAACUGUCAGAAUGAUUAGUCUACUUGUGAGUAAAUUGUGAAGGUUGAUGAAUACACAACUCUAGGUGAGAGUGCACAACCAAAAGAGGAGUACAAGAAUUGACUGUCUUGAUAUACCAACAUUAUUAAGAAUGUGUAAUAAAGUUUUAAUAAUCUAA